GUUAAUUAAUUAUACGACACCAAACUUCCGUAUUCUCGAAAAUUCACUUGGAAUUACUGCACACUGCUACAUUUCACAUUGGAAUAAGUAACGUGCGAUCUAAGAAUUGUCAUUAGAUAGUUUACUUCAUAAAGUUUCCAUUAUAUAUUUUGAAUUUUCGUAAAUUAAUAAAAAACCAGUCCUUGAGGUUUAGUAAAUUAAUAAAGCAUGGCUAAAUGGGGAGAAGGUGAUCCAAGAUGGAUUGUUGAAGAACGGCCAGAUGCUACAAAUGUUAAUAAUUGGCAUUGGACGGAAAAAAAUGCGACUCAUUGGUCUAAAGAAAGAUUUCAGCAACUUUAUAAAGAUUUUAAAAUAGUAAAAAAUGAGCUUGAGUGCACUAUUGAAAGUGUUGAAAAAUGUAGCGGGGAAGCCACAGUGAACAAUCGGAAAGGAAAACUCAUAUUUUUUUACGAAUGGGAGCUGGUGCUAAAAUGGCAAGGCUGUAUUCUAAAUGCAAGCAAUACACCUCAUGAAGGAAAGAUCACGAUACCGAAUUUGUCGGAAGAAAAUGAUCUUGAUGAAGUUGAAAUCACAAUUACCAUCGAAAAGUCCAACGAGGAAUCAGAAAUAUUGAAACAAUUUAUGUAUAAUGUUGGAAGGGAUCAAAUACGCCAACAGCUGGGUGUUUAUAUAAAGGAACUAAAGGAAGAAUAUUCAAAAAAUCUUAUUCUUCCUAAAAAGGGUGAAACUUCUGUAUCGAAGGACGAGACGAGAGAGACUAAAGUAAAUUUUGGCUAUCACACUGCAAGUGCGAACAAAACGAAAGUCACGUCAAACGGGAAUGGUCCCGUGGGAUGUAAAUUAGAAGUUCGCACGCUGAAAAUGGUAGUGGAGUUUCAAUGUAACGCUAAUGACUUAUACAAUGCCCUAACGAAAGCAGACAUGAUAAUUGCCUUUACAAAAGCGCCAGCUAAAGUUGAAGCAUUUAAAGGGGGAGAGUUUCAAUUAUAUGGUGACAACGUGCAGGGAAAAUUUGAGGAAUUAGUUCCUGAAAAGAAACUUUUACUUAGCUGGCGUUUAAAAUCCUGGCCAUCAGGCCAUUACUCCAAUGUUUUAAUUGAAUUAGAAGAACUGCAAAAUUGUACUCAAUUGAAAUUAGAGCAAAGUGGCAUUCCUGCGGCUGAAUAUGAAACGAUGAAAAAAAAUUGGUACAGAUACUAUUGGCACAGUAUCAAGCAGACUUUCGGCUUUGGAGUACCAUUGGCUGAUAUCCUUUAGAUGAUUCAAUUGAUGUCAUUAAAGUAUGUUUUUCAUAAGCAACUCAGCAAAACGCUUAACAGCUUCUAGUAUCGAAACAUUUAUUUCUGAUUACGACGGCACACAACAUAAAGAAAUUACAAACUGCAUUAUUUACGAUACGUUAUUGGUUUUAUAACCCAUCGACGAAUCAAUGGAAAUGAAUCACUUUGAAUAUUAAAGAAAAGAUCAUUGGAUUUGAUUGGUGUUUUAUCAUGUUGUUUCAUAAAGUUCAGGCACGCCUGACAGUAAUUAGCUUUUAAGCCUAAUAAUGGAUGAAUAGUAAUUUUUGAUUAAAAAAUGCUUUACUGUUCUUCCAAAUAUUCUCGCAUACGUUCAACCGAAUUGUCAUAACGUUUUUCCAAUUGUGUUUGAAACGCCUCCAAAACAUGCAAACAAAAACAAUUUGUUCCGGCCGUUCCGGAAAAGAAAGAUAGCAUUGAGUGCAAAAUCAGACCUACAGGGCGGAUGAAUUGAUUGAAUCGGUUUUUUCAGUGUUCACUUAGUCUUAGUUUACUUAGAAGAAGUAUGUGAAUUCGCUUGCAUUCUCUUGAUGAAGGGUUCAAUGGCGCGUGUUUG